CCCGAAAAGCAGCAGACACAGAAGCGAGCGAAACCACCACGGAAAGAUCUCCCCAGUCCACACGUCGAAAUCGAUCGAAAUCGAGGGGGCCGGAGAUGGCUGCGGCGAGAGCAGCGGUCCCCAUCGCCGUCUUCCUCCUCCUCGUCCUCGCCGAGGCCGACCCCGCGGCGGCGACGCGCUCGCCUUCGGCCUUCGUGCAGAACGCCAUCUACUCCAAUCGCAUCACCAUCUUCUCUAAAACCUACUGCCCGUACUCUAUGCGUGCUAAGCGUAUAUUUAGAGAUCUCAAGGAGAAUCCUUAUAUUGUUGAACUAGAUCUCAGAGAGGAUGGUAGAGAAAUUCAAAGUGUUCUUCUAGACUUAGUUGGCCGUCAUACUGUGCCACAGGUGUUCGUGAAUGGCCAGCACGUUGGUGGCUCAGAUGAUACAGCAAAUGCUCAUUCUAAUGGACAGCUUCAGAAACUUCUUGGAAAUAGCCAAUCACAGCGAUGAUCUGUAGUUAAGACUAUCAAAUACUCGUGUAUGGCUAACAUGUGUGAGAAGAAGGGGGCCGUCUUUUCUCUUUACACAGGAUCCUUAACAGAAUGUUGCAGCUUCAGCAGUUUUUUUUGCAUGGAAGUGUUGUGACAACGAUUUCUAUGUUUGUGAUUCAUCUGUCAAGCGCAUAUUCUAUUAACUGCUGUGCCGGCUCUGUACUGUUUGUGACUUUGUGUUUAUAAGUUAUUAAUUCCCCUUGUAUUUACAAUGACUAUCAAUAAUAGGUAGUGCGGCUAUGGUUUGUGUAAGUACUUGAAUUUAGUUGACUUUUGGUGAUGAAUUUUGAAUCUGAAA